UUGUUUUUCCUUGGGAAAAAAGUCAAGGAACAAUGUUUGGAAAGGCGAUUUUUAGUUAUAUUCUAUUUUUCUCUCAAGUGUAAACAAACAAUUGUAUAUAGGACAUGACAUCUUUCGGAAUACCUAAACUAUAUUUCCGCGUCUUGAAGCUUGUUUGACGCUCCGUUUGGGAAUUCUUGAAGCUGCAGAGAUUGCGAGGCGGAAGAAGAAGAAGAAGAAGAAGGGACGAGCUGAGAGAGAGCCAAGUGAUGGCUCCGGAUUGAUUUCACCAGAGCCUUGCAAUGUUUUUCAACUUCAUUCGGAUGCCUAUAAAAUCAUGUUUAUAUUUUAAAACACAGAUUAGUCUCUGUGUCUCAUUAAUGUCAUAAUUUGGACUGAUCAUUUGCGCUCAAGAAGCUCAAAAUGGCGGAGGGCUGGCCCAUCCCCCAGGCCCUGUUCCUGCUCAUAGUGAGUGUCGCGGGCCUGGACACUUGCCCUUCUCCCUGUACGUGUUCUGGUGGUCCAGGCGCAGCACAGUUGCUGGAUUGCAAUAGGAAGGGACUGACUGCUGCAGCUCUGGAAGCUCCAGCCUGGAUCACCCAUGCGUCUAUGAAUCAGAAUGAACUUACAGCGGUGCCUUUUCUUGGAGAUGUCUCAUCCAACAUCACAGUGCUGUCACUUGUUCAUAACCGAAUCUCAGAAGUCGUGGCGGAGCAGCUGUUGCAAUAUUCAUCUCUGGAAAGUCUAGAUUUGAGCUCUAAUUCUAUAUCUGAGCUCAAGGCCGGAUCAUUCCCUCCCAUGCAGCUGAAAUAUCUCAACCUGAGCAAAAACAAGAUAAGUUCUUUGGAGCCCGGUUGUUUCGGAAACAUCAGCUCCCUUCUGGUGUUGAAGAUAAACCAGAACAGACUCUCUGUGCUGCCUGAUAAAGUCUUCACCCUCUCUCAGCUCCAAGUCUUAGAGUUGAGGCGCAACAGGAUUCGUGUCGUGGAAAGUCUAAUUUUCAAAGAACUGAAGGGUCUUAAAUCAUUAAAGAUGCAGCGCAACGGCAUCACGAAGCUGAUGGAUGGAGCUCUCUUUGGUUUGGAAAACAUGGAGGACCUAGAGUUGGAGUAUAAUAAUCUGACAGAGCUGAAUAAGGGCUGGUUGUAUGGCCUGCACAUGCUCAGGAUUCUGCAGGUAAAUCAGAACAAUAUUGGACUCAUCCGAGCCGAUGCCUGGGAGUUUUGCCAUCGCCUGGAGGAGCUGGAUUUGUCCUUCAAUCACUUGAGUCGUCUGGAGGAUUGGGUGUUUUCUGGUCUCAGUCUCCUGCAGAGUCUCAACUUGGGUGACAAUCAAGUCUCACACCUGGGAGAAGGAGUGUUCAGCAGCCUGGCUAACGUCCGCACAUUGGACCUGAGUAAGAAUGGCAUCAUGUCUAUUCAUCCUGAUGCUUUCACUCAUUUAAAACUUAAAACACUUGAUUUGAACACCAGCAGCCUCCUGUGUGACUGUCAGCUGCAGUGGUUGGUCCAGUGGUUGAUUGACAGUCAGUUCCAGCAAUCCUGCACUGCCGUCUGUGCUCAUCCUGCCUUCCUGGCAGGAUCUAGUGUGCUUGCUAUUAAACCCGAGGAUUUUGUCUGCAAUGACUUCCCUAAACCCCAGAUCAGCGCUCAUCCCAAGACCGCCGUGGCCUUGCGCGGGACCAACGUCACUCUGAACUGUUCUGCAUUCAGUAGCAGCGAUUCUCCCAUGAGCACCGCCUGGCGCAAAGACGGAGAGGUGCUGUAUGAAGCUCAGGUGCAGAACUAUGCUCGGUACCAGGAUCACCGCCUGGACAUCCGUAAUAAUGAGAUAUCUCUUGCCAUCGAGGACUUCGUUGGCAUGUUUGGGGGUUUGAAGAGGCUGAACUCGCUGUACAACUAUGCUCGGUACCAGGAUCACCGCCUCCUCUACACCACCGUACUCCACCUGCUCAAUGUCAAUUUCACAGAUGAGGGCCAGUACCAGUGUGUGGUCUCCAACCAUUUUGGGUCCAACUACUCCACUCUGGCCAAGCUCACUGUUAAUGAAACCCCAUCCUUCCAGCGCCCUCUAGAGGACCGUAACGUUGCUCGAGGUGAGACUGCUGUCCUCCAGUGCAUAGCACGUGGUAGUCCUGCCCCCCGUCUCAAUUGGACCAAAGACGACGCUCCGUUGGUGCUGACGGAACGCCACUUCUUCGCCGCAGCCAAUCAGCUCCUCAUAAUCGUAGAUGCCAGCCCUGCUGAUGCAGGGAAAUACAUGUGCAUCAUGUCCAACACGCUCGGCACAGAGCGCGGUCAUAUCUACCUCAGCGUCUCACCCUCGGCCAACUGUGACCCGGUGACCAGCAUAUACAAUGAGAUGAACCUACCAGCAGACAUUCCCAGUUACCUCUCAUCUCAGGGUACGCUGUCAGAGCCUCAGGAGGGCUACAGUAACUCAGAGAAUGGAAGUCACCAGCAGCUUAUGCCAUCUCAUGCUAACGGUUACGUCCACAAAGGCACCGACGGAGUGUGUUACGGUGAAGUGAGCAGUGAUGUUGAUCCAGAUGCUAAUGGAAUGCUGGGUAGUCGUGUGGGCUCUUUCUUUGCUGAACGUAGCAGCUUCCACCGGAGUGAACCCAGAGAGGGACAGGCAAAUGUCCCUAAUGGUGGGCCAGGCACUCUGGUCAUCUGCUCAGACUGCUACGACAACGCCAACAUCUACUCGCGCACGCGUGAGUAUUGUCCAUACGCCUACCUGACAGAGGACGACCCACUUGUGUCUCAGAUCUCUCGGGAUGGACACCAGAGCAGCCAUCAAGAGCGGGAUCAGCACGCAGACACGGCACUGGAGAGUUUUAUAAGUCAGCAGAAUGCCUCUGUGUUCCUCACCAACCAUGAACCACGACUACCAGCUUCACAACACUAUAGCACUGAUGUCCCAGGCAGGUCAUUUUGGGAUGGGGAAGAAACCCACUCUUCUAUCCUCACCCAGGGCUCAGUGACUGUACACAAGCCCCCGAUGGGUCUGUCCGCUGGGGACGGCCGAGAGGAGAGGAGGGGGGCACUGGAGGAAGGCUCAUACAGGACUAACCCACAGGAAAGCGCCUCUGCGCCCACAUAAAUCCAGCCAGCCCUGUCUUCCCAACUCAUUUUGACCCCAAACAUCACCACUUUGUCCUUCAGUCACCUCCCAGUGCCCUCAGCCCACUACCUCCAUUGAGAAGCCUCAUUGUCUGCCAAAUGAAAUGCCUCUCUCUUCAAUGUUUACACUGCCUCUCCUGUCCCUCCCCACCAUCUUCCUUUGUAGCUCACUGGGAUGUGCGUGUUUUGUGGAAAACUCUUUCAAACAAGAGACCGAAUUCCUGCCUUCACCAUUCCUCAGCUAAUCGGACUGGUUUGAGCCCUGAAUGUAACCAUUUCCAAGAGCUCCACUAGUCCUACCGUAACAUGUGACGUAUGAAUUAUGUUUGGUUUUCCCACCUACUUAAGAGUGUUGAACCUGUUUGCAUAUGCCAAAGCUUGACCCAGACUCCCCUAUAACUUGCUUUUGCUCUGGUACAAAACCUGUACGAAUACUGACUGUGAAGAUUGGACUGCCAAAAGAGGGCAGUGAUGUUCUCUGAGUGACGUCAAGAGAGCCAAUUACCUGUAUUGCAUUUCUUAUUUCUGUUGGCAAGCAGUAUGGACUGUUGACCAAUAAUGUUUAUAGAGUUGACGGCUCUGUUGUUUCCACUGUUAUUGUAUGCUGGAGAUACUGUUAUUUGUCAUUAAUAAUGCUUCUUACAAACCUAAACACAUUCCUUAAUUUCUCUUUUUGUUUUAAGGCACUAUAACAUACAGUAAGAAAAACCGGAUAUGUUGCACCUUUGACAAUCUGGCCGGGACAGCCUUAUAUGAAUCAUGAUAUGCUCAUUUUAUUUUUUUUACACUUCUUUCCCAUAUUAAGCUUACGUAUUGUUAUUUUUGUGACAGAAUAUCCAUUUUAAUUGGUCCCC